GGAACCCUCCCCGGAAAUAACCAACUUUUUUUAUCUUAUUCAAACCAGUACUAGUUGCUCGCUUCACUGUUGGCUGGCGUUGUUACUCCUCUGUUACAUCUUGCUUUUAGUUCUUUAUAAUAAGGAACCCGUAACGCGUCUCUACCCAACGGCUCUUCUAUACCUUCCCCAGUUUGUUGGAAACAGGCUAGUCAAAAGUUAUCACCAACAUGACACAGUUCCUGGAGCAAUACCGUGCAGGUCUUGAGAAAGUGCUCUACGAGCCUGGCUGUAUCAAUAAUUUGUUAGCCAAAGCUGAAGAACGAACAGGAGUUAAAAGACUCUAUAUUGCCCUUGGUUUGGUUGGAGUCAUAUCAAUAUAUUUAACUUUUGGCUAUGGUGCUCAGUUAUUGUGCAACUCCAUCGGUUUUGUUUACCCUGCAUAUGCCUCAGUGAAAGCCAUUGAAUCUGACAAAAAAGAUGAUGACACAAAAUGGCUUACUUACUGGGUUGUGUUUGCCUUCCUGAGCACAAUUGAAUUCUUUUCAGACAUCCUUCUUUCUUGGUUUCCUUUGUACUGGUUGGCUAAGUGUAUCCUGCUGGUCUGGUGCUUUGCUCCUGUUUCGUGGAACGGAUCCGCUGUAAUCUAUCAUAGAAUUAUCAGACCUCGGUAUUUGAAAUACAAUACAAAGUUGGAUAAAGUUGUUGGUGAAGCUGCAAACAAUGCUGCUAAACUUCUUUCCCAAGGAUUAGAUAUAACACAUAACUUGGUCAAGAACGCUAACAGCAAAGAAGAAUAAGUCUUGUCAUCCUUUUACUAUGUUUUUCUCGAUUCUUUUAGGGCUCUGAAAUUCCUUACAAAAUUAGUCGUGCAAGAUUUCCUAAUUCUUGAAUGAGUCCGUUUUUGUGUCUUUUGUAAACUUGAUCUUACAAUACAGAAAUAAGUCACUUAA